AUGCCGCUACCAGCUAACGCCCUGGCCACUGAGCCGUAUAUCUUUGAUGCAGAAGAGGAGGAUGUUGAUGCUCUUUCGGCUCUCCACGUCCUCAGUGCUGAAGAGGAAGGAUUCGAACUAAGAAGUUCCUCUGGCGAUGUAACUGAUGCAGCAGAUGCUGAUGCCUUUCGCUUGCUUGCGGGUGUUCCUGGAUGUUCCAAGGACAAAGUUGCAAAUGCGCUCGCAGCAGCACGGAACAACGGCUUCCAGACGUCGAGUGCAGAAGGGAUUGAAGCUGAAGCAUCAUUUCUGUUUCGAAGGCUUUCUGUGUUCAAUCAUUCUUGUUGGCCGAAUUGUGCCGUCUACCGUCAGCCCAGUGGACUGUCUCAUGUUCUCGCAAUCUCCCCAAUCCAGAAGGGUGCGGAGCUGACUAUCCAUUAUUCUGACGAGCUCAUUCUGCUCCCCAAAGAUCUGCGAAAUGUCUUCAUCCAAGGACAAUUUGGCUUCCCCUGCGAGUGCGACCGUUGCGAAGAGCCCUUCGAGGCUUGUGCCAAAGUCGAAGCUCUUCUGCAAGAUCACAUGGCAAUCGGCCCCGCGGAGGCACCCCUGGCUGAUGCCAUGAAGAGAGCUCAUGCAGGUCUCUGCAAGAUGCGGCACCACAAUGGUAAACCCUCAUGCUUUGUGUACAAAGACUUCAACCGAUGGGAAGAUGCACUUGCUGCAGUGGAAAGUGCAAUGCCGCACAUGGUGGCUUACACAGCGGAGACACAUUGGGCUCGACAUCAUGCGCGGGGACUUCAAACUCUUGCGCUGGAGGCGUUGCAGAAGGAUUCCAAAGCUUUCUUUGUGUUGGUGGAGCAUGCUGCAGCUGCCUGGAAGCUCAUGCCCCGAUAUUGCGAUGCAUUGCGAACACUCCACGGACGUCUACAGAAGGAGCCGAGGCCACAGGAAGCUCCUCCAGUUGGAGGAAUGUCAAGGCCGCCGCCCGAUGCAGCUGCUGUGGGUUGUGGAGUCGACUGCAUUUUGGAUGUGACGCUGUGGCCAUGUGUGGCCCGGGGUUGCAUGACGCUGCUCUUGGCCGUCCCCGCUGCAACCUGGCAGCAUCUGAUCUUUCCCACUGCCGUGGAAGCAGUUCGAGCCUCCGGCCAGAGCUACUUCUCAGGCCGGGAAAAUGAUGGCAGAUGGUGCUUUUCCACAGAUGUCACCGUGGAUUUUCCACUCGGUGAGGUGGUGGAACAUGAAAGUGCCGCGAAGCCGCUGGCAUGCUACAAGCAGCGAGCCGCGCACGCCACAGACUCCAAGGACUCCAAUGACUCCAAGGACUCCGAGCGACCUAUGAUUCCAGGUGCUGAUGACCUGGAAACGCCUCCCAAGCAGUCGCGGUCCGAUGAAGGUCACCUGUCCUCACAAGGCGAUGGUGCCACCGUUCUGUUCCGGCGAGCGGUGGUUCAGACAGUGCGUGAGCAUAAUUCGGCAUCAACUUUCACAAUGUUCACGCCGCGUGAAGCUGAUUUGGGCUCACGCGACGACAAGCAAAGCGCAUCCAACCUUGCCCUGGGAUGUGUGGGGCAGGAUUGGCUGAUGUAUGCAUUCUCUGGGGUUGAACAAGUCACUGGACAACCAGUGCAGGCACAUGCAAGACAUAGCCUGGGAGCUGAAAGUCUGCUGCCCAAGGGCCGACAGCUUUCGCCGGUUGUUGCAACUCUGAUUCUCGUCACUGCUUCAGCUGGACUGGCAGCAUCAGGCCAGGCACUUCGUCGUGGCCUUCGCCUUUCUCGGAAGGCGCAAGGACGUUUAGUCCGUCCUCCCUUGCCACCUUACAUGGAGCCGGAGGCGAAGCUCUCGUUCGCCAAGAUCCGCAGGCCCAAUGACUUGUAUCCCACGCAGGAUGCGGCCAUCUUGGUGCAUCCGGCAACUCAAGCCUUGGAGGAUGCAAUGACCACUGACUCCCUCAGGAGUGAGAGGGUUGUGUUGGCGGACCCGCUGGGCAAAUUGAACCUGGGUCAUUGUAGGAACCUUUUCGCCAGCGUCAGUGUCAAGCAACCCAGUCCUACCCUCAGUGUGAAUGACUUGACGAAAUCAGAUGUGAAUCUGGCGCCCAGGGCUUUGCUUCGAUACUGUGAAUUGCGACACACCGCUGGUGAUGACCUGACCCCAAAAGACUUCCUUGGUCGAAGUGGAACAGGAGUGAGAGCAUUGCUACGGAUGUGCCGAAACCAAAAAUCGGAGGUUGCCACAGAGCUGGAAGAUCGUGGAGAUGAUGUGGUACGAAUGAUUAAGGCAUUCCAUGACCAGGGUGAGAUGGUCUUGAAGUACUUGCCAUUCUUUCGCACUGCCAUCGAGAAGUCCAUCCCAGCGCUCCUUAGGCAAACGCUGGAGCCGUUGCCUCGAGUGAUCAGCUUCUUGGAGCCCUACGGAGAGAUACAGCUGAGCUUCCUCUAUGAGGCAGCAAAGGAUAGGGUCCUCAAGGCCCGCCUCAACCAGUUCGAGCCGCGGCAUUUGCUGGAGGCAUGUGGGGACACCGGUAAUUUGGGCGCACCCACAUUCCUUCUGGUACUCAAGGUCACUGACAAGUGGGUCAGUAGGGCCCGCAAUGGCAAGCUCGCGGUGAUCAUGGCUCACAAGGCACGUGUGGUGGUACGACAUGUGGCCAGUUUAGAUAUUGACCUGGCACCACCAGACCGAGCUGCCUGGAUGGGCAUGGCUUUGUGGGGCUCUGUUUCGGAGACCACCGAAGAGGUGGAACUCAUGGAGGAUUGCAUUCGAAAAGGAGCCUUCUACCGUGGAGACCCUGUGGAAAUGCUGUCCAUCGCAGAAAGGAUGGCAGAAGUUCACGGACUCGAUGAUGAGAUGUUUCAACUCGUUCGCUUCCCGCUGUUAGAGGCAAUGCAGAAAGCAGGUCCAGAGCGGGCAGCGGAGGCUUUGGCAUCUCUGACCUUCGCUACUGGCAAGCUUCGAGUUCCGGAAGAGAAGGCUCGAAUGGCUUUGCCAGAAAGGCUUCGAAGGAGGGUAAAGAUUUGGAAGAUAGGAGAAGACAAACCUGUAGGCAAGCUGAAGAGGCGCGAUCCAGCACCUCCACCGAGGCCCAAGGAGGCCUUCUCGCUUCUUCUGACACGACUUAUGGAAGCCUUCACUACGGUGGCGCCAUUGCUGAACCUGGAAAUUGUGCUGGAAAGAUGGGUGGCCAAGAACUUCCAGUUGGAGAAGUGCGAGAAGGUGACCAGGGACAUCAUGCUCCAGCGCCUGGUUACUGAGGACAAUCUGAUGGAUCCGACGAGUGGUGAAGAAAGUCUGGCAACGCUGGCUGAAAGCCCUUCAAUUCUGCCUGGCCCACUUGCGAGAUGUAGUUCUCACUUGAUAUCUUUGGGAUUGCCAGGCCAUACAUUGGCCCCAGCAAUUGACUGGUUGUUGAGUGAGCCGGCUGGCUGGUCCGAAAAAAAGGCCUAUCCUGAGAUGGUGGAUCCUCAGGAUGCGACUGCAAAGCUCGAGCAGGCCAUGCUGGCGAGGCGUGCGGCCACGACCAGGUUCACUGAGCGGUCUCUGCCACUGCUGAGUCACCUCUGGCCUGACGAGCAACGAGAAGGCCAAGACAGCUGGAACUUGUUUCCUCUACGAGAUGCAGAUGAGGUCCUUCGCCUUGUUGGCCCCACACAGGAGCGGGAGGAUCAGAAAAUCCGUCAGGCAGAUCUGGCUGCCAAUCAACUGUUGCAGCGCCUUGCUGUGCAGAUGAUAUUCCCAGAUUUGCAAGCGGAGCUGGAGUUUAGCAUGCGUGAAUGGCGGGAGAAGCAGCCUGAAACAACCUUGAGCACUCUUGUGGCCCCUUGGUUAUUGAAGGCGGCAAAGAUGUGUGCAGAUUCAGGCAUGCCUGGUGAUGAACCUCCAGGAGUGUUGGCACGAUCCAUUGGUCUGCUGGCCAGAACAAUGAAGAUGGAAGAGAUCAGUCUGCUGUCUGCCGAGUGGGCUCUUGGCCCUUUCGAGCAAGCAGAUACACGUGGUGAAGCAGUCGACCUGGUAUCUUCAUCCUGCGCACAGGGUGGGGUGGCAGAGGGCAUCGUUUCUGAUGCUUGCUCCUCUUGGCUUGAAGCCGGCUGCACCCCUGGGUCAUUGGGAGUUGAGCUUGCUGAACAAUCGCUCCUGGCUUGGGAGCGCGAUGGUGUUCACGACCAAGGAGUCGUACAUCUCCGACAGGCUCAGCAGUACCUGGAGCAACAGUUGGCGCUGGGCAUGCUUUCUACAGCCCCAUCCAUAGAGAGGCGCUUGAAGACUGCCACUGAAAGUCUUGAGGUGCUGAUCGGAGCAAUUGAUGGAGUGGCACCAUCAUUGGCUCAACUGAAUAGGGGUCGAGAGGGCAUUUAUUCCAAGCUCAGCUACACAGGACGAGCUGCUAUGAUCGAUGCAGUGGCCAAAGCAUGGUCUGCGGCCAUGCCUGGCCUCACACCUGGGGUGGCAGCUGCGCACUUUGAGGAGUGGUUGCAAGGCUAUACGGGUCGACGGUCCAUGGUGGAAGACGUUGCCUCAGCAGGGCUGCAGGAGUUAAAGUGGAACCUGCAAAUGAAGCUGGAUGCAACUUUUGCCGACCAACAGUCAGAAGCAUAUUCUUCUCCAUCCUUUCGCCUUGAGGGAGUUCGCAAAGUUCCAUGGUUUGUACCAACUUCAGUCGUGAAGGAGGCAUUUGCAGAAAGGCCCAUUGGUUUGAGGAAAAAACCGCCUCCGAGUCAAGGCCCUGGCUUUGUGAACUCCAAGGUGGCCAUCGAGCAAGCUCAGGAGAAGAGCGGUGGGCGAUGUAUGUACUGCGGUGGCAGCUGGAAGUUGGCUCCGAGAUACUUCUGGCCCUAUGAGCUCGGUGGUACGGAGUUGGUUUCAAACCUUUGCGGAGCUUGUGAACUCUGUAAUGAGAUGGCUGACGCACUUGGCCCGAGAAGGUGGGGUGAAGUCUUGUCAGCAAAACCAGAGGAGGCUGCGGAGGUAUGGUGGGAGGCGCAGAAGAAGGCAAACAUGGAAACGGUGAGUUUUCUGAACCCAAGAAAUCGGCCAGCCUCUUGACGCCGCACAACUUCGCGAGCUAAAAAGAUCGCGGGAUGGGGAAGUGUUG